AUGACCGACUCGCUCUGGCCGACAGGCUACGCUCUCAUCCGCAACCUGCUCGCGCCCGAUGUGAUUCCUCCGCUGAUGGAUCGACUCUCCACCGAUUCGACCGACGGCGCAGCCGAUGACAGCAGCAUCGACUGGGCGGCGUAUGCCGCAAAGCGUGCGAGUGUUGUCGGUGUCGCCGGCGCAGCAGCCGAUGCUCUUGGACAAUGGCUUGUCCAUCCCGAGACUUUGGCCCGUGUUCGGACCUUGCUCUACGGCGCGUCCGAGCUGCCGCACUGUCCGAGUUGCGGCGCUUGCGCCCGCAUCCUCCUCAUCAACGAGCAGUUUGUGGUCAAGCCACCUGUGGAUGCGCUUGGCGGACGAGGCGAAGCUUGCACCUUUGGCUGGCAUGCCGACGGGCAGUACGCCGAGAGCGUCACCGACGACGAUGACGAUGCUGAUGCCUGUCGCGACACGUCAUGCCCGCGGCUCGCGGCUUCGGGCGCCUUUGUCUCACUCUGGAUCGCUCUCGUCGAAGUGAGCGAGGAGAACGGCAGCCUUGUCCUUGCCUCGCCGCUGGCUGCAGACACUCUGCCGCCGCCGACGCUCCUCGGAUCGACCCCCGAGUAUGAGGACGAGUCGCUGGGUGUGCGGACGUUUGUCGGCGACGCCGGUGACGCGGUCGUCCUCUCCCCAGACAUCAUCCACUGCUCGACUCCCAAUUACUCGAGUUGCGAGAGGCCUGUGUACAUGGUCCAGCUUGGCACUCGGUCUUCGCCAGCACCCAACGCGCUGCGUGUCCGGAUAGGCUGA